GCGUUGUUUUUCUGUCAUAAGUCAUCAAAUCAGCUGUGUAUCACACACAGGGAACAUGUACAUAAUAAAUGUGCGUAUUAAAUUAUUCGUGUGAAAAUGUCCACUGAUAAAGAAACUCGAUGUUUAUGAUAAAUUCAUUGUCAAAGAGCAAUGGCGCGGCGGAGCGGCAGCGGGAUAACUAGCCUGGGGUUUAACCAGGACCAAGGCUGCUUCACUUGCUGCCUCACAUCAGGCCUGCGCGUCUACAAUGUGGAACCGCUCGUGGAGAAAGCACAUUACAGCAAAGAAGAGCUCGGCGAGGUGUCCCUCUGCGAGAUGGUGUUUCGCACCAACUGGCUCCUAGUGGUCAAGGCGAGGCGGCCAUGCGCGCUGCUGUUGCUGGACGACCAGCAAAGGGCAUUCCGGGCCGAGGUGCUCUUCAAGUCGCCAAUACGGGCGCUACGAGCGCGGCGUGAUAAAGUGGCAGUAGUGUUGUCGUCAAGCAUACAAGUCCUGUCUCUGCCGUCGCUGCAACGGGUCGCUCUAGUCAGGACUCCAACCGGCUCGCGUCCCCUGUGCGCAUUAUCCACCGAGUCGGGGGCAGCGCUGCUCGCCGCGCCUGCGCCGAGAAAAGGCUCAGCGCAGCUGCUGGAUGUGUCCCGGGCGGUAAAAGGUGCCCAAUCGAGCUCCCCAGCGGUCCUAGGCUGCCAUCAGAGCGAGCUAGUAUGCAUAGGUCUCUCGGCAAACGGCGCGAAGCUGGCUACGGCGUCGGCGAGGGGAACCAUCAUACGGCUGUGGGAUACCGCGUCGAAGCAAAUGCUGCACGAACUGAGGCGGGGGUCUGAUUACGCUAACGUUUAUUGUAUAAAGUUCAACCCCGGGGGCACUCUCGUAUGCUGCGUGUCGGACACGGGCACGCUGCACGUGUGGGCGGCGCGCGGCAGCUCCGCGCACGCGCACGUGGCGGCCGCCGGCGCCGCGCCCGACACGCGCGCGCUGUGCGCCUUCGCGGGGGACGACCAGGCUGUUGUCAUAUGUGAAGACGGCACGUUCCACAAGUUUACUUUCUCGGCCGAGGGCAGCUGCCACCGGAGCGAAUUUGAGUACUUCAUGCAAGUGGGCGAUGAUGACGAGUUUCUGCAAUGAUACAGCUUUCACCUACAAUGUUUUUGGCAAAAACUGUUUAUAAAUAAAAAGUGAAAACAGCAGAUAGAUCCGAAAGUGUCAUAAGAUAAUCGGAUAAGUGUGCAAUCUUUGCAAUUAUAUAAGUAAACAAAUCGUGUCCAUUUAUUUACUUUAAUUUUAUACGAAUGUCAGUAACCUAAUAGUUUUUGUAUAUUUUAUUCCUUAAUCUUUGUGUAAAUAUUUCUAGUACGAGAAUAUAACAUUCUUGUAAAUUAUUAAUGUGUCUACCAAUUAUAAAUAUUACAUAUAGUUGUUCAAUAAUUGUCAAAAAUGUGUUCUAUGUAAAACAACACAAGGUUUUCGAUUUUUAUAGAUUCAAAGAAAACCUAUGUUUAGAUUAAUAUAAACAUGUGAUCUAGGGCUUUUAAAGUUAGGUUUAAUAAAAGACGAGCUCUAUUAUUUCGCUAUGGCAAUAAAAAUGAGUGAAUGAAAACUAUUGAAUGAAUGGUUUUAAGGGAAUGUAAUUGAAUGAUUAAAUGAGUCGCUUAGGCGUAUAUGAUACCAUAUUUUAGUUAUUUUGCAUUCCUAUUUUUCAUACUCAUUUUGACAACGAUUCAUAUAUGUCACGGUUUUUUAAGAAUGUAUUCGAAUAAAUGGAGAUUCGAAAAACGUGACGCAAUUUCAUACAUAGGUUUGCAAAUAUUGUAAUUGAGUGAAAGGUUUUCAUUAAGUUUCCUUACAAAUAUAAUCAUUUUUCUUAUUUUUAUUUAGUUUGAACCAAAAAUUGUGAUAUAGAAUCAGUUUUAAUUUUUAAUUUUGUAAUCUGUGUUCACGAUAAUAAAUUAAUAACUAUACUCAUCAUAGCUCAAUUUUUUUUUUCUAUUGUACCGUCUUGCAUUUGCUCAUGUUAAUGGUAAAUAGAAAAUUAAAGCUAUCACUUUUGCCGUCAAAUUAUUUUAUACAAAGAAAUAUGUAUUAUUUGUUUUAGUGGCAAUCACUACUUAUUCAUUUGUAAAAACACUUUCUUCUAAUGUCAUGUAUACACUCGUAUUAUUUACCAGCGAUUCUUUAAAAUGCAUCUUAAAAGGUAAAAAAUUAUAACAUUAAAAACUUUCGCGUUUUGAACACAUUAAAUCACAUUUACAAUCGAAAAAUCGGUAAAUAAAGGUAACAAAAUAAAUUCGCGAUAGACCCGAUUGUAAAUGUGAUUUAAUAUGGGUAAAAAAUUGCCGGUCAAAAACGACAGUGUAAAGACCUUAAGAGGAAAGGGGGCGACCUCGUGAGACCGCUCCUCCAUACAAACGUAGUCACGAUUUUCCUCUCUGGAUAUAACAUUAUAGAGAAUAUCUACGUUUUAUGGAGAAUGGAACUGUCGUCCACUAUCCUCUUUAUUAUCUCAAUUGUUAAAGGUAUUACUGUGACUAUGUAAAUACAUAUAUGGUCGGUUAUUAUAGUUUUUAUACAAUUGUAGCAAGAAAUUCUAAUCAAUUGCUGUUAGCUUUGUGGCAACUCAUGUAUACUGUUGUCAUUUUGUUUUAAAAAAAAAACAUUGGGGUAAUUACGGAAAUUGUAAUAUUGAAAAUUGCUAAUAUCUACGUACAAUCACUAAUCCGGCACAUGCUGACACAAGAGAGCCGGAUUACUAGAAGUUAGAACAAAUCUGCAUAUUAUUGAUGUGUUUUUUAGUAUGUCGUAGAAAUACACUUGAAAAUACUAAAUUCAUAGUAACUUAACCAUUUAUAAAGAGAUUGGAGGGUGAAAAUGUAAGCGCACAUAGUAAAUUAGGACAUAGAAUGAUCAUUCGUAUCCCAAUUUUAGUGCCGGAUUACUGGGUAUACCUGACCAUCAAAGUGCAAUUAUCGAGAUUUUACUGUAUUGGGAGCACUGCAUACUUUGGCAACACUUACGCUUCUGCAAUGGUCAUCAAGGCAUCUUGCUCACCGUUGCUACAGUAUAAAGUGCUAGAAGUUUAGUAGAUACCUGCAAUUUUUAAAAUUACCCCCCAUUCAAAGUUAUCCCAAUGCACUUUAAUGUAUCAAUGUAUCAUUAUAUAAAGUUUCACAUUCAAAUUUUGUUUUUAAAUCAUAUACUUCGUUUUUAGCAUUAGAUAGAACUCCACAGAAAUAGGCGUGCAGUUUUUAUCAGGCUAAUAAUAAUGGAAUUAUCUAAUGUAGCAUGGCCAAUACUUUUAUUUACUUCAAAAUUUGACUGCAAAAAUUGCGCGGUUCAACCUCAUACUUAUUUCUGCGAAGUUCUUUCUAAUGCUAAAAAACGAAGUAUACGUAUCUACGUAUACUUCGGUAUCUACCCGGGUCCACACAGAGCGAGCAUACCAGCGAGGCAAUUGUAGACAUGCCUCGCGCGCGCCGCCUCGGCCGAGGCACGUCUACACCGGCCGUUUUGCCUCGCGCGUAUGCUCGCUUUGUGUGGACCCGGCUGAUACCUACAAAAAUUACAGUUUGAUUAGUGAUUACACUAAUUUGUCAUAAAAAAAUACAUUGCAUAGCAACUUUUUGAUAGUCAACAACUUGGGAGUGGUGCAGCAGCAGAAGUUGCUAAGCGGGCGAGGAGUUCAAAAUGAUCUUGACGCGACUUUAUUGUUAAGAGAUUAAGAGUCGAGGUAAUUUUGAACAUCUCGCCCGCUUAACAACUUCUGCUGUUAACUGUAUAUCCAAGUACUAAGUAAGAACUAUUGAUUUGAAUGCUUUGAAAAGCACAUUUUAAAUGUAAAUACAAUGUCAUGGAGUUUCAGACUUAUUUUUUUACAAAAUUGCAUGCAACAGGGACUCCACUGUUUUGUACAAAGUUUUAGGGGUGCUCCGUGCGGAGUGUUCCCAAAUAGGUUAUUUUGGAAAUUCUAAAAUAAAAACUUCUUUAUAUUAA